GUUUCCAACCACGGCGAUAUCAUCGAGCGUAACCCGCUUGCCGCGAACGUAUACAUACUCGGCACCCUAUCAUAUACGCUCUACCGAGUCGUCAUGUCCUUCUCCAACCCGCGAAGGACCCCGAUGACUCGUCCGGGUACUGAACCCGGCGAUGGCUUGAGCCCUAGGACAAACAUACCUCUUCAGAAGGGAGCCACCUUUCACUCUCCUCUCACCCCCCCGUCUAGUCCACCGGCGCCUUCAGCCUUUAGGGUCCCCUCGCUACCUCGUCGCUCCCAGACCAAUCUUGACGAUGUCGUUGGUGCCCACGUUCGUCGUGCUGCCCUGAAUAUUGGCAAGUUUGAGGUUACCCUUGCGGCUACCAGAUCGGAGUCCUCGUCGACCCCAGCCUCCUUUCGGGACGAUAGUCUCCCUAUUCCCAGAGGUUUCCUCGAGCACACAAUUGCUGGCGAUACGAUGCCGGAGGGCCUGGUGACCGGCGACCCAGAGCGCCGUGUGCCGCGUCCUCGGAGCCGUCGCUCCUCUCGUCAUCAUGAAUCGGACAGUGGUCUGGGGACGUCUGUUGCGUCCACGGUACAGAAGCCGAGCGAGACCAAACCUGCCGGGGGUUCCGCUUCAGCUAUCACGCGGUCUGUUGCUGUUUCCGGACCCCGAAGUAGCCAGCGACUCAGCGAGCGUGCUGUGAAUCGUAUCUACGAACAUAUCAUCAAACCGCUGCUGUAUGACUGUUCGCUGAAGGACUUCCGUCCCAUUGUCUUCGACUGCCCCAGAAGGAUCCAUGAGAACCAAAUCGUUUGUCUGAGGGACCUCGAGAAGACCUUGAUCUUUAUGGCACCGGUGAGUCAACUCGUGAAAGACGCUGGCGUUUGGGGAGUUGCUUAUCAAAGUUUGUGGCUGAAGGAUAAGGCAAAAUCUGUUGAACUAUACCGUGACUUCUGCCUUACUUCGAUUCGGUGCAUACAAGCGACCGUCGAAUAUCUUAGCGAUCGGGAACAAACUAGACCACGCGAUCGGCCGUACACCAACGGCUACUUCAUCGAUCUCGUCGAACAAAUCCGAAAGCACGCACAGCAGAUGCAAGAGGCCCGCAACAGGCAAGCGUCUGGAGAAGAGCUGGACGACAUGGAUGUCCACCCAACCGAUGAGAUCAAGCUCGUGGGCGGCCUCACUAUGAAUGGACGACCCGCGGAACUAGUCCGUGUGAAAAAGAACGGCAAAGCGGUCUCUAUCGCUACUGGUCAGCCUGUUGAUGACCUAGACGAUGAAUCUAAGGAACCCAUUCGAUUUAAGCGCUCGAUGAGUGAGCAAGCUGAAGAUGAGGAGGAGAUUAUGCGGUCUAUGGCACGCCGAAAGAAGAACGCUACUCCGGAGGAACUUGCCCCCAAGAAGUGCACCCACCCGGGCUGUAACAAGGAGUUCAAGCGACCGUGUGAUCUCACAAAGCACGAGAAAACCCACUCUCGUCCUUGGAAGUGCCCGAUUUCCACGUGCAAGUACCACGAGUACGGUUGGCCCACCGAGAAGGAGAUGGACCGACACGUCAACGACAAGCAUUCGGCUGCCCCGCCCAUGUAUGAGUGCCAUUUUAAACCCUGCCCUUACAAGUCGAAGCGGGAGUCCAACUGCAAGCAGCACAUGGAGAAGGCACACGGUUGGACCUAUGUUCGAACCAAGACCAACGGCCAGAAGAAGUCGAGCAAGGCCGGGAGCUCGGCUCAGCCCACGCCUGUGAUCAAGAAUCUGCCCACCCCUAUCGAGCAGAUCGACCACGGUAUGACACCGCCCGAAGAUGCUUUCUACAGCCACAACAACGACCUUCUCUUUCCGGCGUGCCCCACGAACGAGGAGUUUGGCGGCGGCUACGACCCCCAACCGUUCGACGAGGAUAUUCAGCUCAAUUUCUCCCCGAUUGAUAACAGCACUCCCUCGACCGACUCGGAUCAAUUCAACUAUGACGAGCUGAGCCCCGAAUUCACUGGCCAGUUCGAAGACAUCUAUGGCGCGCACGUGCGACUUCCGACCCCCUCCCACUCGAUUUAUAAUAAAAACGUGAGCGCGGUGUUCUCGAACUAUAUGCAGGACGUGUGUGCCCCAGUGCCCACCCCGCACAUCUCGCCCGCCGGUCAAGGCAACCAGAUGCUCUUUACUCCCCCAUACGGGGUCGACGAGGGAUUCGAAGACUACCACCAGCAGUCUACAUGUUCGAACGAGUUUGGCCAGGAUUUUCCUCUGUUUGAUCCGACGCCGAUGAACAGCAAGUCGAACAUUAUGAGCAGCGCUCUGUUCGAGACUGUCCCGCCCAGCCUUGCCGGAGGCUACAGCCAGCCAUCAUCUCAAGAUUUUAACAUCGACUACAACUCUCAAAUGGACUGGGCACCUUCGCAGUUUAACGGUUUCCCCCAAUAACGGCAAGGACGCCAGCCAAGGGAGGCCAUCCGAGGGCGUGGGCCCACGUUGUCUCCCAUAGACACGCGUGGCCUCACCGUUACUUUUUACGAUGUUACGACGACGACGACGAGCUCUGAAAAGGCGGCUGAGGGGGAGGGGGGGG